AUGGAGACAUCUGGAGACUACAAGCCAUAUGUCAGAGUGGCUCCCAGACUCCUAGCCCAGCUGCGGGAGUUAGAGCCCCGAGUGGCGCGCAGACGCUUGUCUCAGGCCCGCCAUCGUGCGACGCUGGCCAGACUCUUCAACUGCCUUAGGAGAACAGUUUUUUCUCAGUUGAUAGCACCUGCUCGGAGCAGGCACAGGGGGCUUCAGCAUCGCCUUUGUGUUCAGUGGCAGGUUCUGUGUAAGGCGAAGAGUCACAUUCAGGAACUGGAGCAAACGUUGGAUAAUCUGCUGAAGAUGAAAGAAUCCUUCAACCUGGAGGAUGGAAAUGCAUCCACUUUAGAGGAGGUCAAAGAAGAGUAUGCCAGGAUGUACUCCAAUAAUCACAGCAUGAUGUCAGAAACCAUGGAUGAAAAUAGUUCAGCAAUCUGGUAUCUGAUUCAAGAGUUUGACAGAGAAGUUGUGGAGCAAAAAGAAGAGGAGAGAAGAGGUGAACUCUCACACUUGUCCCCAGUUACUUCAUCUCCUGACCUGAUGGAAUUUGAAAGAUAUCUCUAUUUCUACAAGCAGACAGUGGACCUCCUGAUACAGAAUGGAGUUGUCUCCCCUGAGCAGGUGAACCUUCCCAUCAUCUCUACAGCCAUCUCCCACCUGUGGCAAGAACUUCCAGAAGAGAAGAGAGGAAGCAUCCUCCAGGCCUGCACUCAGAGACAAAGUGGCGUUGUAAAUGCAGAGGCUUCUUGCCAGGAGGCCACAUGGGCUGCUGAGGGCAGUGUGAAAGACAGUGGAGUUGGCAGCCAAGAGGCCAGUGGAUCCCUGGUCUCCACUCCAGAGGAGGUUCUUUUUGAAGAUGCAUUUGAUGUGGCCGCAGGCGUGUCCAGUCCCAGUUCACUGUCUGCAGGUUGCAGCUCAGAAAAUCCAGUGGAAAACAGUCAUCUCUAUGUGCAGAUCAUCAGUUUCUUAAAAGGCCUUUUCUGUGCUAACACACAGUUGCAGCAGGAAGCAGCCAUCCCACUUGAUGAUGAGACAGUGAUGCUGAGGUGCACUGAGACCUUUGAUGAUGAAGACUUAUAAUAGAGGAAGCCUGGGGAGUUUCCAUGCUUGAAUGCAUUGCUGAAAACUGGCAUCACACCCAUAUCCCCAUUCAAGGGUUUCUGGGGUGGGCUUUCCUGAGAGCACUUGGA